CACCCCCAAGCAACUAGGAAAAAUCAAGAGAGGAAAACUGGAGCAACCUUUUCCUUGUUAGUACUCAAUGGACUCGAGCUCCAGCUGCAGGUCGCCAGCUCGAUUCACCCUGGGGAAGCAGUCCUCGCUGGCGCCGGACCGGGAAGGUUCGGCUGGCGAAGCCAUAGGGGCGGAGAUAGAACCGAGGGUGAGGCUAAUGUACAUGGCUAACGAAGGGGACUUGGAAGGAAUUAAGGAGCUGUUGGACUCUGGCACCAAUGUCAACUUCAAAGACAUCGACGGUCGGACAGCUCUCCACGUCGCCGCUUGCCAGUGCCUUACCGACGUCGUCCAAUUGCUGCUUGAUCGCGGCGCAGAUGUCGACGCCAGAGACCGCUGGGGCAGCACUCCGCUUGCUGAUGCGGUGUACUAUAAAAACCAAGAUGUGAUCAAGCUUUUGGAGAAGCAUGGUGCGAAGUCUCCGAUAGCUCCAAUGCAUGUUCAAAAUUCUCGUGAAGUGCCAGAGUAUGAGAUUGAUUCUAGUGAGCUUGAUUUUUCUAACAGUGUCCAUAUCACAAAGGGAACAUUUCGCGUAGCAUCUUGGCGGGGCAUUAAAGUUGCUGUUAAAACACUUGGAGAGGAAGUUUUUACUGAUGAGGACAAAGUUAAGGCAUUCAGGGAUGAGCUUGCAUUGCUUCAGAAGAUACGCCAUCCAAAUGUUGUCCAAUUUUUGGGUGCUGUAACCCAAAGCAGUCCGAUGAUAAUUGUUACAGAGUACUUACCUAAGGGAGAUCUUCGAGCAUAUUUGAAGCAAAAAGGUGCAUUAAAGCCAACAACUGCUGUUAAGUUUGCACUUGAUAUUGCUAGGGGAAUGAAUUAUUUGCAUGAGCACAAACCUGAAGCAAUAAUUCAUCGGGAUCUUGAGCCUUCAAAUAUACUGCGCGAUGAUUCUGGGCAUCUGAAAGUUGCAGACUUUGGAGUCAGCAAGCUGCUCAAAGUUGCAAACACAGUUAAAGAAGACAAACCAGUGACAUCUCAAGAGACUUCUUGCCGAUAUGUUGCACCAGAAGUUUAUAGAAACGAAGAAUAUGAUACUAAAGCAGACGUGUUUUCAUUCGCUUUGAUCUUACAAGAGAUGAUUGAAGGUUGUCUACCAUUUCAUUCAAAGCAAGAAAAUGAAGUCCCUAAAGCAUAUGUUGCAAAUGAGCGCCCACCAUUUCGAGUUCCUGCAAAGUACUAUUCUCAUGGGUUAAAGGAGUUAAUUGAGGAAUGCUGGAGUGAGGAGCCAUUCAAGAGACCACCAUUUAGGCAGAUAAUUACAAGGCUGGAUCACAUAAGUAACCAACUUGCUCAUAAGGGGCGUUGGAAGGUUGGACCGCUUAAGUGUCUGAAGAACUUUGAGAACAUGCUGAAGAGAGAUCGUUUGAAUCCUAGCAGUCGUUUAUCUCGCUCCACAACCAGAUGCUGAAUUUUUAUAAGCUUUCUUGAUCUUAAUAAACAACAAAUGUACAUAUAAUCUGGCCUUUAUUUCAGUUUAGUUCUCCAAUCGGGUCAUUUUGCGUAUGUUGUUGUGUUCAUCUCUCACUCCAUUUGACUUGCUUUUUAUAUGUAUGUAGACAAAGAUCCAGCAUCUCGAGCAUCCUUGUUGAUAGCUUUGUUUGGAAAUGUUAAACAUUUUGUGGGAAUGCAGA